ACAACGCAACAGUGACGACGUGAGCGGACACGUCUCAACGCGACCAAUCAUAAUUAUUAUUCACGAGCUCAAUUAGUGUGUCACGUCGUUAACGAGGUUGGCCGCGACGGUAGCAGCCAGCCAUUCUGGAGCCGCAAGCCUCGAUUUAACAAUGUCGUGCCGCCGAUCCCGGCGAUGGAGAAACAUGAAGUAACCGACAGCGACGCAUCUCGUUGCCCCGGAGGGCUCCCCAGUGUCUGGAAGCAAAAGAUCGGUUGACACGGAGAAAUACGGCAUGGAUUUCCCGAAGCGAGAAUGGAGCCACAGGCUCAGUCUUCGUGGCAGCCGUAGGACUCAUGAGGGCGAAAUUGGGCACAGAAUAAGCGGAGCCCCCAGGUCCACCAGGAGAUGGGCAAGCCUCAGGCAACAUGUGAACAGUAGUCAUGACGGCGGUAAACCUCGCGUCGAGUUGCUGUUUAAUACGUCAGGUUCCAAAGCCUCUACACCGUCCUCGCAACCACACACUCCUAAUACACCGAGAACGCCGCACACCCCGCCUAUCAAGAAAUCCAACUGGGAGGUCAUCGAACAUUUCACCGGCGCGCCGCGCCCCUCCAUUAUCACGAUGGCUAGAGGAUCGGAGAUCGGCGUAGCACCGAUAACCGGAAGAGAGUCUGUGACGGAAGCUGCAACGAACGUAGGGAUCACUCAGCACACGCGGAAAUGCGCUCUGAGCAGAUUCCUGAGCUCGCUUUGCGGCUCUCAUCAUUUCAAGAACCUACAGGUUGAAAUGCUGUACCAACGCUACUUUCUACGAAUGAAUCAAAGUAACAUGACACAUGUACUCGGUCUACUGGUCGGUUUAGCGCUGGCACUGGGCCUACUACUUAUCAUGAAGUUAAUGCUGACCGGCAACCAGCCGCUCUUCACACUCCUACAGAGACCUGAAAAUCUUUCCCUCGCAAUCACCCUAGUGACCUGUAUCGUCAUUUACGCCGCUUUGGUAGCAGCUAUUUCAAGACCGGGCAUGAAUGAGAUAUGGUUGGCGGGCGUUAGUGGUGCAGUGCUAGUCACUCUACUGGCCUUACAAGUGACUCUGAGCAUUCAUUUGGCGCGACUGCACGAAAUGGGCCGCGAGAGUACCGGCGAUACAUCAUUCUCCUCGAAGUCAAAGGAUCUUCGAACCGGAGGUCCUCUCGCUGCUGCCUUAAUGGUCUGCUUCUUCAUCUAUAUGGCCUACGCUCUUCUACCGAUCAGACUCAGACACGCCUGUAUCGCCGGGAUUGUUUUCUCGGCCGCUCACCUCAUCGGAGCCUUCCUUCUCUACCCGCACUAUCCAUCGAUGAUAGCUCACUUGCUAAGCUCGAUCGUGGUAGUCGGCGGGACGAACGUAGCCGGCGCACUGACACAUCACCCACGGGAAUUGGCGCAAAGACAGGCAUUUCUUGAAACCCGACAGUGUGUCGAAGCACGUCUGACCACGCAGCGAGAGAAUCAGCAACAGGAGAGGCUUUUGCUCAGCGUAUUACCAAGGCAUGUCGCCAUGGAGAUGAAAGCCGAUAUAGCUGGAAAGCCGAAGGACACGAUGUUUCACAAAAUUUAUAUUCAAAGACACGAGAACGUCAGCAUUUUAUUCGCCGAUAUUUGUGGAUUUACCUCGCUCUCCGAUCAAUGCACUGCCGAAGAGCUCGUUAGAUUGCUCAACGAACUUUUUGCACGGUUUGACAGGCUAGCUGCUGAGCACCACUGCCUCAGGAUAAAGCUCCUCGGAGACUGUUAUUAUUGCGUUUCUGGACUUCCGGAGCCACGGCCAGAUCACGCUCACUGUUGCGUAGAAAUGGGAUUGGACAUGAUCGAUGCAAUAACAUUGGUACGCGAGGUAAUGGCCGUAAACGUGAAUAUGAGAGUCGGUAUCCAUACGGGCCGAGUUCACUGCGGGGUUCUUGGUCUAAGAAAAUGGCAGUUUGAUGUUUGGAGCAACGACGUGACUCUAGCCAAUUACAUGGAAAGCGGAGGUAUACCCGGACGUGUGCACAUCACGAAAGAGACUUUAGAUUGCUUGGGCGAGUAUUAUGAAGUCGAGGAAGGUCGCGGGGGUGAGAGGAACGCGUACUUAAAAGACCAUAAUAUCAGAACCUACUUGAUUGUCCCGGGAGACACAUUUAAGGACAACAUAACUAAUUCUGGAAUGCGAAAAACUUUCCCAGCAAAUAGUAAUGUAUCUAAAGAAAUGAGAGUUAUGGGUCAUGGUUCGCAACAUGGAAAACAAACCAAAUUAGGUUUCGGUGAAACCAUCGAGGGCGAAAAAGAUCCUGAAGAUGAAGUAAACGAGUACCUAAUGAGAGCGAUAGAUGCUAGAAGUAUAGAUCGAUUAAGAGCAGAACAUUGUACGCCGUUUAUAUUAACGUUUCGAAGACCGGAUGUCGAAGAAAAGUACUCGCGCGAGAGGGACAGGAUGCUCUCGGCUUAUUUUGUGUGCUCCGGUUUCGUCUACAUGGUCGUUGUGGUCGCAAUAGCCAUCACCCUCGCCGGGAGCGUAUACUUCUAUGUUUGCACGGCGAUUAGUGUGCUGGUGAUAGCCCUCGUGAAUGGCAUUUUAUUGGCGGAAAAAAACGAGAAGGUGCCAAAAUGGGUGAGAAGCAUGGCGUUACAGAUCUUUGAGAAUCGCAUCAUCGCGCAGAGCAUCGCAUCCAUCGUCGUGUUUCUAACGUUCAUCACGGUAUUAUCGCCACUGAUCACGCUAACCGGAAGUGAGACUUGCCUCAACAAUAACUCGUUGCCUUUCGCCGAGGAAUCGCCGGAUGAGCAUCCCAGCGUAAUGAGAGUACCGACGAAGAAUAUCGAUGCCCCCGGCAUUUGCGAUUAUAUUCUUUUCUGUGACUUGUUUCCGGUUCUGGUGAUGCUGGUGAUGGUAACCUGCGCGGUGUAUCAGAUCCUAACGUCGGUCUUUAAAGUAGCCGUAUUGAGCAUUGUUGUGGCUUGUUAUCUCGGGGUCAGCAUUUAUCAGGCACUAAAUGAGGACGACGUAGAGCCCGCUGGAAGAUGGUUGGCGGGUGUACUAGUGGUUUUCUUCAUGGCCUGCCUAGUGGCACAUUCCCAGCACACAGAGGCGACCUACAGAUUGGAUUUCCUAUGGAAGUUACAAGCGACCGAAGAGAAGGAGGAAAUGGAACACUUGAAGGCCUACAACCAGAAAUUGCUCGCAAAUAUACUUCCGGAACACGUGGCCGCUCAUUUUCUGUCUACUGUCAAUUCAGACGAAUUGUACCACGAACAAUGCGACUUUGUGUGCAUUAUGUUCGCCUCGAUACCAAAUUUUUCGGAAUUCUACGUAGAACUCGAAGCGAAUAACGAGGGCGUGGAAUGCCUCAGGCUUCUCAACGAAAUCAUUGCUGACUUCGACGAAUUACUCGCUGAGGAACAGUUCAAGUACAUCGAGAAGAUCAAGAGUACAGGCGCCACGUAUAUGGCCGCUUCAGGCCUAACGAAAAGCACGUGCGAUAUGCGGGAUUACAAGCACAUAGUCGCAAUGGCGGAUUACGCCCUGAGAAUCCGCGAGCAGCUGGCCUAUGUCAAUGAACACAGCUUUAAUAACUUUCGCAUGCGUGUGGGCAUCAACAUUGGACCGGUGGUUGCAGGUGUGAUCGGUGCCAGAAAACCGCAAUAUGAUAUCUGGGGCAACGCCGUGAACGUAGCCUCCAGGAUGGAUUCUACAGGCGUGUUAGACGGGAUUCAAGUCACCCAGGAGGUCCGCGAUAUUCUGGUCACUAAAGGAUAUCCGCUCACGUGCCGCGGAACGAUUCAAGUCAAAGGGAAGGGCAGUAUGAUAACUUACUUCCUGGACGGGCCGAGGGACAACACGAAAUCUAAUCAGAUAGACAUCACCAAAACGAAUUCCAAUAACAACACUGACGCCAUGGAGAAGACAGUCAUCAACAAUAGCAGCGGAGCUGUCUGAUUGGUGGGAAUGUUCGAGCAAGAAUUCUUGAUGGACGACACAUCAUAUCGGCGAUAGAAAGUAUCAAUUAUUAUUUCUCGCGCUAUUUAAGAUUCUUCCAUGUACUCAAGUCCAAAACGGCAAUAUAAUAUCCAGGACACGUGCGCAAAUUAGAGUCGUCGUGUGCCGUCCAUAAACGACUGCUGACGAACGGGAUAAUUGCGCCACUAGUUUUAAGUCUCAAGACAAAUGAAGAAUAAUCGACAUUCACAGGGAAUAAUCCUGGCAUUUCGUUGCGGAUUUUAUGUCAAUUACGUUUUCGAUCACAUACUUACUUCUAAAUUAAUGAAGCCAGAAGAAAUAAACGAUCUUACAAACAAAUUACUGAAUACAGUCCAAAGAACAAAUAAAAUUAAGAAACUUUCUGCGAACUUAAUUCACAGCAAAUAUAUGAUUAGAAAAUGCUAGACAUGAUAUUUAUUUCAAACAUUUCGAAAAAGCAUAAGGAACAUUUAUUAGCAACGUUGAUUAAUGAAAAAAAUGUAAUAGCAUUUUUGAAAGCGCACCUUUACCUUUUAUAACUUAUAAAUGUAUAAUCAGUUACAUAAGACGAGCUACAUAAGAAGAUUUUAUUAAUUAUACCCAUAUUUAAGUCGUCUUAUGCAAAUCUGCUGUAAUUACAGAAGUUUAGCAACUGCAAUCAUCAGCCAAAUUCGAGUUAAAUGUGCACCGAAAUGCCGGAUAUUAGCGAAACAUAAAGAGCGACAAUUCAUCGUCUUGUACACUCGUACUUAAAUUGUUCUUCAGCAAUGCCUACAAUGUAUGUGAUUGUGUGUUAGAAAUCUUUAGUUCUGUCGAAUGUUAAUCUAAAGUUAAUUAACGAUGGAUUCUACCAUGAUUACGUUUAUGAUAAUCGAUGCCCGAACAGAUGUCGGUCAGCAACGUGUCAGCGGUAGGAAAUUUUUUUCGAAGAUGAGCAUUUCGAGGAUGUAGGCUUAUUAAUUAAGUGAAGUAUAUUAUGUAGUAACAAGUGUCAAUUUUUAUGUGUAAGCUUAAAUGUAUG